CGGAGAGAGCGACAGAGAGAGGAGGGCCGAGGCGUGGACAGCAGGAGUCGGAGACCGGGAGGAGGAGGAAUAAGGAGAGCGAGCGGAGAGGGAGUAGGAAAAGUAGGAGGGAGGUCAGGAGCGGAGAGAAGCAGGAGGACGAGGAGAGCAAGGAGGAGAGCAAGGAGGAGACGAGAACAAGGGGAGGAUCGUCAUGGCGAGCGAGCAAGUGGACGCCGCGGGCCCCGCCGCCGUCUCGGCGCUGGAGGCGGCUCUGCUGGGCGCGCUGGGCCCACGCGAGCGGGCCGUGCUGUACGCGCAGGGCGUGCUGCUGUGGCACAGGCCACGCCACAGCGCCCUGCUGCUCUUCGCCCUGCACGGCCUCUUCUGGGGUAUAUCCAAGAUGACGCUCACAUUCAGGCCAUACUUUGUACUGGCGUCAUUUCUGCUGCUGCUGAUAUCUAUAGAGUCAUGGAAAUAUAGAAAGUGGCUUAAAAUACCCAGCAUCUUUGGGAGACGCAGAGAUGACUCACCAAGUGAAAGCUGGACAGUAGUUCAUCCUGAUCUGCUGAGUGUACCAGAGCUUUGCCGUCGGCUGGCUGAGACUUGGUUCUCCCUCCUUACCUACCUGCACAAUAUACUCGCUUUUAAAAGAGAAAAUCGUGGAAAGUUCUGCCUGAUAGUUUGCAUCUGCUGUGCUGUGCUGGCUGACAUUGGACGCCGUGUGCCUGGUAUUGUAGUCUGCUACCUCAUCUUACUGGCAGCCCUUCUCUGGCCAUUGGCUUCAUACUACGGCAUAGGACACAAGAUACGCCACCUGUUUGAUGGACUUCUUCACAUGCUGGACUACAGCCGACAGGCGCUAAUCGCUCAUAGAUCUGCAGGGGGAAGAAGAGAUGAUGAAAAAGGAACAUUGGAUGAAGAUGAGGUGGAAACUGACAGUGAAGAUGAAUUGGCUGCUUUUUACCCAAAGCUGGACCCUGCCACAGUGGAAGAGGCGCUGGCACUGUCUGAGUCGGAGCCAUCGGAUGACGAGGCAUCGUACCGCGAGGCCGUAGGACUGGGUCUGAUGAGGGGAGGCACGCCGCAGCUUACAGAUGGCUCCGAUGACAUGGAGCAUCACAGCCAGCACAGUGACCUGGAAGACACGUUUGCGCGUGACCUGGCCGCCUUCCCGUCAGAGCGAGGUGGUGUGGGCCUGGAUAGCGACGAUGAUGACACCUUGGGAAUUCCCAGCAUCCUGGAGACACGGCCCAGCCGUCCACGCCCUAACUCCCUACGCCAGAGCCUCCCAGCCGACAACGAAGACUUCUAUGACUCGGACACUGACGCUAUCAAUAGUGAGAUGUCCAUGAGUGGGUUGCCCUCUCCCGAUGACUUUGUGGGAGAAAGGAUGCCCGAGGACGUCUUCCUGCCUGCCGACGAUGGUUCAAGCAUGGCGGACUGUGAGGAGGAGCAGCACAGUUCAAUGUUUAUGGGUGGGAAUAGCGGGAACCUGGCGAACGAAAUUGUAAAUGCGGCCUUCACGGCUAUGGUGAGGAACACCCUGUCGGCACUUACAUCAUCCGACUCAACCUCAUCCGACUCCCGCUUGGCAACAUCUCGGAACCAGGCAGCACCGGCAGGCAGGUCUCGGCAAACCGCCGCUCUCAGAGCUGAGAAGGGAAACCGGCGGCACCACACUCGGGCAGCAGGCGCUGUGGCUGCGGAGCGCGUGCCCAUGACUGCUGCUGAUGCAGAGAGCUUUUAUGCGGACACGGACGAAGAGGCGGAGGAGAUAAAUGACGGGUUUGAGCUACUGGACCAGACGGAGCUGGAUCGCUCUGACACGGAUGGGCAGCACGGCCGGGAAGGGCGCGCCUCGGGAGGCAGUGCUCAGACUCGCGGCCAGAGCUCGGGCUUCCUCUCCAAGCUGCUUCGCAAGCGGCAUUAAAGCACUAAGUUCCCCGCGCUAGUUGACUGCUGCUCAUCAUAGUCCAGAAUAGGCUGUUUAUCUCUUAUUUUUCUCUGUUGUGACUCGCCGUAUUUUAUCAUAUGACACUAUCGGCAACUGCAACGUUAGCAGUGGAAAUGGUCACGAUCACUGGACUUGCCUUUCACUUGAAUGCAGCUUCUGAACAAAUUAAUGACAACACGUUUCUGGAUUAAUGUGCUCAAAGUAUUAACAAAAAGAUAUUGCUUAGACCUAUUGUGUAUAAUUGUGUGUAUAAUAGCAUUUUUUUCAAUUGCGAUUGGAAAAAACAUUGCACUUGGCAGUGGCUAGUAUUUUUAUUUUAAAAUAGUGGCAAUUCAUGGGUGCGUUUGACCAGUGUUCUUCAACUGGCGAUCUACGGACCACAUUGCUCUUGGAGUGGCCCAUUGAGCUAUGGCCUGCCGAGACAGAGAUACAAAUUGGUGAAAUAAUAGCUAAAUAAUAAACAAGAGAUGGAGAUGAGACCUGUAGACAAAAAAUAAGUUGAGUGAGAUGACUGCAAGAUUAACGAGAUGGAGAUGAUCGAUCUGGAGACCAGAGGUACAUAGUCAUCCCUAGUACAGUAUACAUCAGAAACGUUGUUACUGACAAAAGACAAUUUAACAAAAGCUGAAAGUACAAAAAGAAGCUUGAGAAGCAUGCUGGAAAUUAAACUGAGAAACAGAAAAAAGAACACGUGGAUUGGUGAGAAGACUGCAAGUUAAAGGCUACAUUGACUAAUAAGCAAAGUAAGUGGACUUGGGCAUAAUACGUCACAAAUAGGGGUUGAUGGCCAGUGGUUGGCCGUAACGAUGGAGUGGCAGCCAAAGGUGGAAAAACACCCCCAGCGCAUGACCACCGUAAGAAAUAGAGCGAUGAGAUCGUCUCGUGUUCAGAAUUUAAUUGGAUUGUUGCAUUACAUGACCGAGAGACGGCGAUGUCUGGGGGGUGGAAGGGUAGGCCUUCAUCUCACAAGAAGAGAACAUCAUUGCUGAUGUAUAGGUAUUAUGUCAAUGCCAAGUGACAUCGUAAUUUAUGUAUAGGUGACACUGAUAAAAUUUGCAUGUGGCCUGCCAGCACAUGCUCGUUGUUUUGUGGCUCGCUCGAAGAUAUAGUUGAAGAACGCUCCAGUAGACCAUACUUUUAUUAUAUUUGUUGUGGUGCAAUUUGCCCAUUGUGAAUAACAUUGUGUAACAGGAAGCAAAAAAGAGUGAUUAUUACAUUUAUUGUAAAACAACAGUCCCAGACAAUUUGACCAUUGCUAAUGUAUGUUCUAUGAGAAUUGCAUUAAACAUUCAAGUCACAUGUGCUUCUGUCAAUGCUUAUUUUGCCGUUAUUUGAUUUUGUUUAAAAACAAUUGCAGUCUUAUCAGAACACGAUUUUGCGUAUACUGUACACGUUUUGAUAGCCUUGCAGAAUAAUUGAGCAUUACAAUUUUUCAGCGUGGUGUAUGCAUGUCAUUCCGUGAAAUCAUAUAACCGUGUUGCGCAAUGUGGUUAAAUUCAAUGAGAUGUAAGUAUUGCUCGUGAUAAAUAUAUAUGUGUUUAAUGAUGUAACAUUACGAACAUCACAAUGUCUUGUACAAUAUGAGGACUCGUACCACACAUCCACUCGGUUCAUUGCAAACUUCAAAGGUUAACCACUGUACAUUUUAUUUGAAAUGUGUACAUAUUGCAUUGUAAAUUCAUACGUAUCCUCUACUGCAUAAUGCAUUUUCUCACACUUAUCUACUUGCUUUUUUAAAUGAGCUUUAUUUUUAAUUCGAAUUAGCAAGUUAUUUAAGCUUGUAUCUGGCACCAUGUGCUUUAUUAUUUUAAAUUCUAAGUAGAGGUAAUUUAAGCUUGUAUCUGGCACCAUGUGCGUGGCCAGGUUUACAGCAGUGCUGAUUUUAUCUAAAUUUACACAAUAGCGUCCACGACAGCAAAAACAAGGCCUGACACUGUUUUAACCACACAAUUCCCAAGAUCAAUAUUACAGUUUGGAUGGGGACACUUUUGCAUGCCCCUCGGAAUCCGUUGCAGACACAUCUAUUUUUGGUGCGGGCAUCUUGUCGUGAUCUGUAAGUGGGAUAAAAAUAUGACAUUACAACGGUUUUGCAGUGGGCGAGAUCAGUGGCCUGCAUUUGCUGAUUAUUACUGCUUUGCGAUGGUGGUUUGUGACUUGUGUGCGAGUGCUUUAUUCCGUCACCUGUGACUUGCUUUUCUCAGUUAUAUUGCCUACCCUGCACUUUAAGAAAAGCUUAAAAUGAAUUAGUCUAGUUUUAUAAGUGUCAAUGAAAAGGUAUCUCUAGUCAGCAAAAACAAACUUUGCUGUAAGUGGUGCUGGAGCAUCAUCAGACUUAUUAAACAUUGCCUUAUGGUGUAUGGGUAGCUUGAUUGCCAUUGAAGCGUUGCAUUGCUUGUUUCUGUAGCCCCCUCUUAAUUUAGUCCAUAUUUAUUUAAAAUAAAAUGUACAUAACAUUUACAGCCAGGUAAUCUUGGUUAAAAUAUAUGUAAAGCAAAAUAGCGAUGUUAAAGCAUUCAUUACAUUAAAUUGCAAUUUGCUGCUCCA